AUGGCAGUGCCACAGCAAAGCACAAUUCAGCAACAACUUGCUGCUGAACAGCUUCCUGUUUCCCCAGUGUUUGGUUCCUCACAUUAUGAGGCUGAGCAACAGUCACUAAAAGGGACCUCAGGCAACAGUGAAAACCUCAGAAACAAUAUAAAAUGUCAACCUGAAAAGCUCUCAUCUUUUACCGGGCCUCACUGCCAGAACACUGUCAAGAUGCCUGAGAAAGGGAGUGAAGCACACAAGACACACUGCAGAAAGGCAUCCGCUCAGACAUUUGAGUUGUGCUUUGAUAAUGAGGAGCACUUGAAGAAUCUACAAAAGAAGCAGUGUAACCCUGAAGAAAGUCUAUCUUAUCCUGGCUUCCUGCAGCUUUGUCAUUCAUUCCAUGAGAAAUAUUCAGUUUUCCACAUCUCCAAUCCCCCACAAGUUCAUUCUUCAAGUAUGCAAUGUAUAGUUGACAAAAGUCCAGAUGUUACAGGCAAAAAUCAACAACAAACAGCAUCAGAUGUAGUGGAUGAUGUUGUAGGAGAUGAGCUUGCUGUUGAAACCUCUCCCACUUACUGCUCCAGUAUUGAUGCUGCAAAAAAUAAAGCCUGGGUAAAGCACCUUACUUCUCUCUCACAUGAUUCAGGAGGUUUACCUGAUAUAGCCAAACACACUGGAAGCAUUUCUGCUGCAACUCACUCCAGUUCGGGGAAGUCAGAAUCAGAUUGCGGUCCCACAGAAAGAAAUGAUGGUGCCAUGCCUGAGUUUCAGCCAGUAACUUGCAAUGUAGGGCUCAACCAGAUGGUUAAUAGCCAGAGUGUUGUAUUCCAGUCAUCAACAUCUUCGUCCACUUCUUGCUCAUCACUGGCAGAAGACAGAAAUGUUGAGUCAGAGCAAGUAAUACCCUGUAUAGUCUCCAGCAAUCUCUCCAGGGACAAUAUACCACAACCCAAAUGCAACAUAAGUGACAGUGUUGAGGGCACAGAAGGGACUGUCAGUCAAGAUGUGAAUGUGGCUGCCCUAAGUGCUCUUCUGGCUACGAAAGAUGAGGAUCUCAAGGAGUUCGACAAAGAUAUGAAGAACCUUCAGCUGAUCAACAAGCAACUUUUGGAAGAAAAGUCCAUACUCGUGUUAGAAAAUCAAUGGCUUCAAAAAGAGACAAAAAAAGCUCAAGAAGAAAAAGUGAAGGAUGAGAGUGGCGCAGAGCACUUUGCCUUUAACCCAAAUACUCCAACUGUGCUACAGCGACAAAUAGAGGAUUUAAAAAGUCACAUUAGAGAUCUGCAGGAGGCCAAUGAAACUGUUGUCAAUGAACUCUCCAAGGCAGAUGAAGAAAUCUCUCAGCUGAGAGGUGAGGUAGUCAGAUUGAGAGUUGAAUAUACAGAUGAGCUGCGGGAUGCCAGGCAAGAGAGGGAUUACUUCAAAGAUAAGAUUUAUCGGCUGCAUUCUGAUCCACCCCAGCUUACAGGGAAAGACAAUACUUCAGAUUUACUGGAAGAAAUACAACAUUUAAGGAUUGAGUCCAGGAAACUCAGAAAAAACAACCAUCAACUUGAUGAGGAAAACCAUCAAAUGAAAGAAGAAUUGUGGGAUCUCAGGCAGCACCAAGAAUGGUUCUUCAGUGGAAAUCUCAAAGAGAAGAAGCGAAAUUUGGAAAUUACCAAAAAGGGUGGUGUUGUAAGCCUAGCACGGAAGGUACCACUGUGUAAAAGACAAGUUGUCGUGCUGAAAAAAGAGGCUUUGCAAGAGUUGAAGUGCAUCGCCCCUUCCUCACAGUGCAGAUUUGAAUUUGCCAAAUUAGAAGAGAAAAAUGGUCGACUUAAAUCAAACCGGGAAGUAACCAGUGCGCCUUUUGACCAGACGUUCCAAACAUGGGAUGACAAAGACGAGGAAAGAGCUGAAAACUGUCUCUCUCCCAUUUCAUUGGACAGUGACAACACAGAAGCUCUUAUUGCAUCGUGCAACAAUGGGAUCUUCAUUCAGGCUUCCAACUCAAAAAUCAAUAACAUUAAAGAUCAUCUCUUAGACCUGGAUGGCCUGAGUGAUGAGGAUAUGCCCUCUUUAAGGGAGAUCAACGGUGACUCCUUAAAACAUUGUUCCAGGUCAACUCCCAGAAAAUCCUCAUCUUCACAGGCAGCAGUUUGGAGAACCUUUAACAGAAAUAACCAUCCCAUGAGACCUGCACUUUGUAAAGCAGUGCUGCCACAACGCCCAUUCGCACCGAGGAGUGUUGCAGAUCUGAAAAUAGGGCAUGUUGUGAAGUUCUCCCGGCCGGCAGGAAAAAUCAGCAAAGGAGCAGUUAAAUACCUGGGUCCCCUACCAGGCCGACAUGAAGUGUACCUGGGUGUAGAACUGGAAGGCAAUGAAGUGGGGAAGCAUGAUGGGAUAUUCGAAGGUGUUCGUUAUUUCAUUUGCAAAACAAACAAAGGAGUAUUUGUAAACUUCAGUAAGGUUAUCAUGGCCUGGGAAUAGAGGUGUAUGGUUACCGCUUCUGAUGUGCAGUCCUCCAAACCCACACUGACAGAAAUGGCUUCAAUUCAACAUACUGAGUAUGACAAAAUUUUUCAACUUUGACGUCCCAGAAUUUUUUUUUACCUCAUUUUGUACUCCAGGAUUUUAUCAAAACUAUUGUGGAAAAUCUGUUUCUCAAUGAUUUUAACUUUGGACCAAGUGAAAUAUUUCUCCAGUUGUAUAGCUCAACUAAUUUGAUUAUAGGCUGAGUCCUGUAAACAUACAGUACUGAGUGAUUUGGAAUGCUACUUGUUGGCUGAAAUUGAACAAUACUUUAUUUUGCAAUCUGAGAAAGGUUUGAAUAUUGUUCAAAAAUUUGUGCAAAAGAAUAGCACGAUAAAUUGAAUUGCUGCUCUCUCGGAUACGAUUUACAAGCAAUAUGGUAACCACAAGUAUUCGUUCAGACUACACACAAGCAAUUUUGGAAUGGAAAGAUUUACAAUAUGCUUCAAAGAGUCAUUUUUAAACUUUGCCUCCCCAAUCCACCAUUAAAUGAAUUGUGGCAGUGUGACAAUAAAAGAAGUAAAUCUUUAUAUAUUACAUAUCAUCUGACCCUUACCCAAUUAUUAUCGUAAUAAUCAGUAGACUUUAUUCAUAGCAAGUUCCUAUUUAUUAGAUAGUUCAGUAAAUGGCCUUGUAAAUGUUGCUGGUAUUGUUGUAUCGUCAUUUCCACCAAACAUCUCCUAUACUUUAAUUAAAUGAUUCCUUACCUAAAUAAGGCUGUGUAACAUUACUUAUGUUUAAAAUUCAACUUAAUUUAUUGAUUUAUUUAUAGAUAUCAAAAAGGGCAAUUCAAUGUGAUUACACUUUUGUUUAACACCAAGACCCUGGGUGAAGCAGAAUACUUUAAAUAGCACAUAAACUGAGGGAAUUUUCUUGGAGGAAUAUUGAACAAAAAGGUUACCCUCUUAACCUUUGAAUUAAUGACAUGGGAAUUUUUCAGUCAACAGUUUAGGCAGAAAGCAUCACAAUUUAACAUUUCUCUUAAAAGUUCAGUAAGCCUUUAACUCUGCAUAGAAAUGUUGGAUUGAUUUUCUCACAUGAGUCCCAUCUAGCCAAGGAAUGGUCGUCCUUUCCAUUGUACAAAAUGUAGAAAAUGUCUUGCAAUACUGUUUUUUUUAAAAAAACAUGAUAUAAUGCAGCAUUAAAAAAUGGUUAA